AUGGACGACACAAACGAGUUCCCCAUGCAGGACCCGGGCACGCACCUCACCCUCGAGCUGCGCGGGACGCGCUUCGUCAUCGAGCGCGAGACCAUGAUGAACUUACCCGAAUCGGUCCUGCUCUGCCUCUUCCCCAACGGACUCAUCUUGACACGCCAGCCCCGUGUCCCCUCGAUGCUCGAUCAGGAUGGUGAGGAGGACGAGGAGGAGCUCUAUCUCGUCGACUUUGAUCCGCAGUGUCUCUCGUACGUGCUCAGCUUCUUCAAAACUGCCCAGGACGAAUUCUACGGCACCGCAGACCAUCCCGGCAAGUACCGUCCCAGCUCGGCUUACGGUACUGCGCUCUACAACUAUGCAAUGGCGUCCAACGAGGGCGCCGACGCCUUCACCCAGGGCAGCAUCUCCCAGAUCCCGCUGAUGAACAAGCAGCCCAUCAUCGUGCUGCGCGAGGAACUCGAGUACUUUGCCAUCCCUCCCAAGAAGGCGGCUGCGGCGGGACAAGCGGCAGCAUCCGAGAUCGAUCCGGAAGUGUUCGAAGGCACCGAGCCUUCGACCGGACACCCUACGCCUGCACUGCUGCGGCUCAAGUACAGCUGCGGAGAUGCGUUGCUCGACCGCAAGCAAAUCUUCACAGCGCUGCAGAGGAAUGUCAACAAGGAGAACAACCUGGCGGAGCAGCAUCUGAUCGACAUGCUCUGCAUGAGCGGAUUCGACCGCGAAGACACCUGGGGCUUCCGUGCGCUCGAACCGAAUCGCUGCUGCAUCACCUCGAUCGCGCUCGUCCUGCUCAAGACGGGCAUCACGCACGCGGGCGAGCUCGAGGCCGAAGGACUCAAUCCAGAGGCGAUGGCCUCGGGCGAGUACCAUGAUCCCACCGGACGUACGAGCAUGCUGUCCAAUUUGAAGGUGGACCACCAGCAGUUUGCGACCGCGCAAAAGUUGCUUCUCUUCUGGCGCAAACCGGCGAGAAAGUGCUGGUGGGACGGCAUCGACAUUGUGCUGCCCGCCUCCGACAAGGAUUCGCCCGCGCAAGCCGACCACGCCGCGCAGACGCAAGAACUCAACGAUGCCGGCCUCACCGCCAACGAGGCCGAGCUGCUCAAGUCGGGCAAGGGAAGAAAGGUGCGCGUCUGGGCGCGCAGAGUGUGGACGCUCGAGCUCAGCCUCAUUUGA